AUGGACGUCCAGAGCGCCUCGGUGGCCAGCAUCGUCGGAAACAUCGACCACACCUUGAUGCAGUGAGUUAGGAGAUGAUCAAGCGGGAGUUGAGCGAAAAUUAAAGGAAAGAUGGUUCGAAUUGAGGUGGAAAUGAGUAGGAAAUGAAUAAAAACUAGGUAGGAUAUCAGUAGAAACCAGGUAGAAAAUGUGUAGUUAAAGAGUAGAAAAUAGGUAGAAAAUGGGUAGUAAAUGAGUGGAAAAUGAAUGGAAAACGGUCAGGAAGAAGUUUUCCGAAAUUAUUUUUAGAUUUGAUUUCUAUCCAUGUUUGAUGGGAAGCUAAGGAUGAGGAGUUUAUGAGGAGUUUGGAAAAUCUGUUUUUUGAAGCCAAUAAGUCCCUAAAAAUGGAAUUGAGCUCAAGGAAAUGAGUAAGAAUUGCUUCAAAAUCUGAAAAAAACAACAGUUUUUAAUAAACCAUUCAUGAAUAUAUUUUUUUUUGAAGUCACAAUACCUUUUUUUCACGGCUCAUACUGUGUAAGAGAGAAAAGAGAUUUAGUUAAAUUUUCAAGUUUGAUGCCUUUUACUCACAAUAAUCGUCUUUUAUCAUAAAGUUAUACGAAUUUGAGGCCGUUUUGCUCAAAAAACUCAAUUAUCCUGAUCUUUUCUCAGAUGGGACGUCAGUUAUCGCGUUCAGCCGAAAGGAAUCGAACGAAUCGUCCACAUGCGUGAUGAGAUCAUGGCUCGGAUUCGCAAAUUCAGAAUGGUUUUUCCAGGAAAUCAUGUUGAAUCUCUUUGAAAGAAUACUUUUUCAGGAAACUGGCAAGUUGCCCAAACACAUCAUCGUCUAUCGUGACGGCGUCAGUGAGAGCGAGUUCCAGAGAGCUCUCUACAAUGAGAAGGUGAGGAAAGAAAAUAAUCUUACACUUUGAAACUCCUGAGGAAAAUAGUCGACGAACUUUUAGAGAAAUGGAAACUAUACUUUCUUACGUGGAUACUUGGUUAUACGGAAUUUAGAAAGGUGAAAAAAUUAAUUGAGAAAGUUUUAAUAGGAACUCGGGAAAUUUUUUCGUUUUUUUUCCAGUUGAUCUUGAAGAUAUCGUUCGAAAUAAUCACCCAGGGAAAAUUUUUUCAACUGACCUUCUACCAAAAUCUUCAGCUUAUAAUAAUCAAAGUUGCAACAUGAAAAUUUCGAAUCUUUUUAGAAAUUCUUUAGAAUCCCAUCAGACUGUCACUGUUCUCUUACUUACAACUCGAUGUUUCACCUAAUUUUUUUUUUUCGAAUUCUUAAGAUUUUCUUCUUCAAUAAAAAGAAACGCUGCAUUUGAGAAUUUCUGUGAAUGGAACCUUCAGACGGACAUCAAUGUCGCCUGCAAGGACAUCUACGGAGACAAUCCCCAUCCGACUCUCACUUACAUCGUCGUGACGAAGCGACACCGAACGCGUUUCUUCCCGACCACCGUCGACGAAGAUGCUUCGGAGCUGGUCUCGAAGAGCGAUCGCGAGACCAGGAAACAGAGCUGCAUUUCCACCUCUUCCGACAAGUUCGUCUUUUGGGCUUUCUAGAAGCUAAAAAUAGGGAUUUCUUGCCUUUCAGCCAUCCGAGCUUCUAUGAGCUCGAAAAGUAGAACGUUUCGGAGUUUCUUGGCGGCUCUUAAGGUGUAGAAGCUAAUUAAAAGCUUGAUAGAGUGUUUCAAAGCUAGUUCAACCGUUAGAGCUUUUCUGAGUUUGAAUUUUUCUUAAUUAGGGAGUACGACGGUCCUUGAGGUGCUUCGAAGCUAACUAGAAGCUUGAAAGUAUAUUUCAAACGAAGUUCAAUCAUUAUAGCUUUUAAGAGCUUGAAAAUUAGAAUUUUGGAUAAUCUAGGCAGGUAGAGAAAAGGCUCUGAUGACAUUUUGAAAUAAGCCUAACAUUGGGAGAACUUCGAAAACUUUUUCUCUGAUAGUCUAGGUAGAAGAAUUAUGGCUCUUGAAACACAUUGAAAUGAACUGGAAGCCCCAAGGUGUAUUUCAAUCUCAAGUGAACUAGAAGGGCUUUCAUAAGCUUCGAACGGAGAAGAGCCUUCAGCUGGAAGCCUCGGCCUCAAUGAAUCCCUAGUGAAAAUCUCAAAACCGGUUCUUGAGUUGGUUAUUCCUAGUUUUACCUGAAAGCUUCUCAGAUUAGAAGUAGGGAAUUACGUGAAAAGAAUGGGUAUUUUUUUAGUGCCUGUCGCUAUAACGUCGCUCCUGGAACCCUCGUCGAGACAGAAAUCACCUCUCCGGAUUACUUCGACUUCUACCUCGUCAGCCAAGCCUCGCCCCUCGGCACCGCCCAUCCGACCCACUACUACGUUUUGCACGACGAUUGGAAUCCGUCGCCCUCGUUUUGGCAGGUAAUUUAGUGGAAAAUGGAGUGCAAGCAUGGUCUUAGUUCUACUCAGAAGAUUUUCAUUUUAAUAGUUCAAUCCGACUUGAAAGAAAAGUGGUUUUACUCAAAAAACUGCACUUUCCAUAGUUAUAUUCGACUUUCUCAGUCUUUGAAGUCAAGUUUGAGAGCUUUUCGAUACUAGUCACAAGAAUUUUUCGCAGACGGUCUCUUACGCGUUGUGCUGCAGCUACAUGAGAUGCCCGAAGACGAUCUCCGUCCCAACUCCGAUCAUGUUGGCUCAUUUGGCCGCCAAACGCGGCAAGGAGUACCUCGAGGCCAUCAACAAGUUCGUAUUUUCUUUCAAUUUUUCUCUAAAGGUUUAGAGAACUUCAUAGAUGAUUUUCAAUUGGCUUAAGACCAUCUGACUAGGCUUGAAUGUUCAACAUUUUGGAUUUGUUCUAGAUUUUUUUAAGGCUUCUGAUGGAGCUCAAGUACCCAAUACGGGCUCGUUUAGCCUUCGAAAAAAGAUUUAAAUAUUUCAACGCCUGAUUCAACUCAAUAUAUAGCCAAACAGAUCCUAGGAAACUUCGGAAUCUACUUAUUAACUACAUUAAGUAAACAUGUUCUCAUUGAAUUGUGAAUUUCGGAAUUUCCUAUAAAUUCGCUCAAAAAAUACGAGAAGGAAUGUCCUUUUUUCAGCCGCAAUCGAGAAUUGGUUCUGACCAGCAAAAAUCGUUGCGAAGGAUGGAACCACCUCCUGGAACACAUGACCCAUCCCGAGGACCACAUAGGAAUGCAUUUCGUUUAA